GCGUUGUUAAGAAUUGCAUUAUGGGUUAAUAUGAUUCAUUAAUUUUCUCAAAAAUUGCAAAGAUGAUUUGUUAACUUUUAAAGAACUAGCUAUCGUACUAGUAAAACGGAAUUUCCCCCUUUUUUUCCAGUACGUUUGUUUGCUUAUUUUCCCCCCAAUUUCUCAUUACGAAGUUGCAUUUUUUUGACAUACCGCUUGAACAUACCCCCGAAGAGGAUACCUCCCAUCACUUAAAACGGACAUGAGUCAAAAUGCCUCUGAAUGUAGUAACCCCAGCAGAUCCGAAGGACCCUUCGAUGAUAUACAAAUUUAAUAUAAAUGAAACUUACUCUGGAGACCUGGAAGGAAUUCUCGUUUUAUGCUUUUUAGCAAUUCUCCUUGGCGUGUUUUUCAAGGUCAUCGAAAUCAUUUUUGUUGUCAUCUUCGUGCUGAUUUCAAUAUUCCUAACCGCGCGGAACGGAGAAAUAAACAUCGUGUCGAUACUGCCGAUGAUAAUAAUGGUCGUGAUGACGUCGGGCAUGACAUGGCUUCAGCAGAAGAACCUCAACAAAAGACAGUUGAGCAAGUUCGAGAUUUGAUUCCAUUUUUCGGAGGCUCACCCUGCACCAGGCGCGUUGUUUUUUUUCCCCACCGUGUGCUUCUUCUUUUUUUUUUUUUCGUUACCAUUGGUACUUCCUCUAACUUCGCUGAUUUUUUAAAAAUCAUCAC